ACAGGGAGGCUCAUCGAUACCGCACGUGGAGCACAGACACCAAUAAGACACAAGCAGCAACUUCUCUAUUGGUCGAGAAACCAGUGUUACAAAAAAAAGGAGGUUAUGGCUACCAAAGACUACACAAAGGUUGAAGACUAAAAGCUAUGGCUCGGUCGUGGACAGGUUAUGCAGCUGGAUACUGAAGUGGACUAUGGGCACGACCAUGCGUGAAGGCUACAGAGUCAUCACUGAGAACUGGACCGUGCAACCAAAUGCCACACAGGUGGCCAUCUCUGGUUUUCUGCACGCAGCCACACUAAGUCAUCAGCAAUACAUUACCAGCCUUGUCCUCUCCUGCAUCUACACCAUAAUCCUGUUUCCCGUCGGGCUCUUUGGGAACAUCCUCAUCCUAGCGGUCAACCUGGACCACAGGGGCCGCUUGGCAGCCCCGGACCUCUACUUUGUGAACCUGGCAGUGGCCGACCUCACUCUGGUGGCCGACUCCGUGAUCGAGGUGUUCAACCUGAAGCAGGGCUACUACAACAACGCCGGCCUCUGCACCUUCAUGAAUCUUUUCCAGAAAGUCAACAUGUACAGCAGCGUCUUCUUCCUGACCUGGAUGAGUUUUGACCGCUUCGUUGCUCUGACCAGCUCCAUAGGCCACAGCCUAUCACACGCGUGGCUCAGCUGCUGCCUCAUCUGGGCAUUCUCCUCUUUGCUCACCCUGCUGCCAUUCACAGUAGCUCAAGUGCAACAUGCAGGGGAGCUGCACUUCUGCUUCGCCAACAUGACACAGAUUCUAUGGCUGGAGGUGAUGCUGGGGUUUGUGCUACCUUUCUGUAUCCUGGGCCUGUGCUACUGGAGAAUCAUGCUUGUGCUCCAACACAGCCAGAGAGAGCAAAGCAGAAGCAGCCCGCAGCAGAAGCCUCGCAGACAGAAAGCCCUGCGAAUGAUCGCAGCCGCUGUGCUCGUCUUCUUCCUCUGCUGGCUUCCAGAGAACGCAUUUAUAAGCGUUCACCUACUAAGAGGUAACACAGACAACGGGACACUUUGGCAGGAUUACCCGCUGACUGGCCAUGCUGUCAGGCUGGCAGCCUUCUCCAACAGCUGCCUGAACCCACUCAUCUAUGGCUUCCUGGGUGAGACCUUUCGGAAAAAACUGAGACUUUUCCUCCAGAAUAAAUGCAGAUGGACCAAACUGGAAAGGUCAGCUUCGGGCAAAUCCAUCUACCUACCUGCCAUACAGACAUGUCCCCAUGAUUCAUGUGACACGCAAAGCCAGGUUUCAAAUUCAAACUCCACCAUCCUCCCACAAACUGUUAUACACCACUCCAAGCGGGACACACAAGCAGCACAUAAGACUCAUCAAUGCCAGACAACGUGAAAGCAAGGACCAUAGCUGCCGUAAGAAUUGAGGAUACCUUGUUUUUAAAAUUAAAAUAUUAAUUUCUGGUAUAAAAUGUGAGCUAGGGAUGGGCGGUAUGGACUAAAAAAUGUAUCACGAUAAUUUCUGGCAUUUAUCCUGAUAACGAUAAAAAUGACAAUAAAAAAAAAUCAUUAAUGGGAAUUUAUCUCUCUCUUUCUUUCUUUCUUUCUUUCUUUCUUUCUUUCUUUCUUUCUUUCUGCUCUCCCCUUCCUUCUCCCCUUCCUCUUUUCUCCCUUCCUUCCUCCUUUCCUUGUUUUCUCCCUUCCUUCUCCCCUUUCCUUCCCUCCUUCCUUCCUUCUUUCCUCCUGCUCUCUUCUUCCUUCUUCCCUUCCUCUUUUCGCCCUUCCUUCCUCCUUUCCUUGUUUUCUCCCUUCCUUCCUUCCUUCUUUCCUCCUGCUCUCUCCUUCCUUCCUUCCUUCUUCCCUUCCUCUUUUCUCCCUUCCUUCCUCCUUUCCUUGUUUUCUCCCUUCCUUUUCUUCCUUCAUUCCUUCCUUCCUUCUUUCCUCCUGCUCUCUCCUUCCUUCUUCCCUUCCUCUUUUCUCCCUUCCUUCCUUCCUUCCUUCCUUCCUUCUUUCCUUGUUUCCUUCCUCCCUUCCUUCCUUGUUUCCUUCCUCCCUUCCUUCCUUCCUUCACGUACAUUGUGCGUGGAUUUAACGCAGAACCAUAAUUCAGGCUUUACACAAAAACAUCAUCAACGGGAAUUUAUCGUUUUUACCGCAAGAUGACAAAUUCUUAUCGUGAGGAAUUUUUUUGACGGUUUAUCGUGAACGGUAAAAUAUCGUCCAUUCCUGUGAGCUCCUUUUAUCAUUGAAAGCUCUGUGGCUACAGGACAACAUAUCACAGGGUGGUAAACUAACCUAUUAUCAACAUUUUAUGUGCCAUGACAGAAUCAUGGCAAAGGCACAUCUUUAUCAUGCAUACUCUCACCUCGGUUUGCUUCGUCUGUGUUUCUUCUUUUAACCGUUUCUUUUUGUGCUUCUUGUCCUUUUUCAUUUUUUUAACAUCAUUGUUUGUUACCAAUGGAAUCUGCUCUGGGGCCAUCUGAGAAAAUAAAAAAUAUUAUU